AUGUCAUCCCCACUUGAUGAAAAUGCCAUGAACCAGCUACAGUCUGAACAGUCAGAACUGCUGGACAAGAUUGACGAGCUGCGCGCCAUCGGAGUUGGAGGCCUUGUGGAGCUGCCUCAAAUCAUCGUCUGCGGCAAUCAGUCCAGUGGAAAAAGCUCUGUAUUGGAGGCCAUCUCCAGAGUGCGCUUUCCAUCCAAGAGCAAUAUCUGCACGCGGUUCGCGACCGAAAUUGUUCUUCGCCGAAGCCCUCACGACAGGAUUAAAGUAUCCAUCGAGCCUGGGGAUUCUAGGGAGAAUGAGCAGGAACGACAGAAGCUUCGAGCCUUCACCUCCGAGGCCUUUUCCUCUAGUGGGGACCUCCCCACACUGAUCGAAAAAGCGAAGGAAUGCAUGGGCCUUUCCAGCGCCGAUCCUUCGAGCGUUGGAUUUAGCGACGAUGUCCUCAAAGUCGAGAUCUCGGGCCCUGAAAAGCCAGAGUUAACUCUAGUGGAUCUCCCGGGGCUCUACUACUCCAGCAGCAGCGAACAAACCGAGCAAGGAAUGGUGAUAGUCCAGAAACUGACGGAAAAGUACAUGAAAAGCUCCCGGAGCAUCAUCCUGGCUGUCAUCAGUGCAAGGGCCGAUUAUCAUAUCCAAAAGGUCUUGAACAUCGCACAGACCUUUGACCCCAAAUAUGAGAGGGUCUUGGGCAUUGUGACGCAGCCCGAUAUCCCCGAAGCGGGCUCGGAGGAACAAGAAACUUAUAUACAGUUCAUCAAAAACGAAAAAGUCAAGCUGCAACUUGGAUGGCAUGUACUGCGCAACCGCUCGUUUGAAACGUGCAGCAUUUCCGAUGACGCUCGAGACGCUCAAGAAAAGGAUUUCUUUGAAAAGGGACGGUGGGCUUCCCUUCCUCGAGAUCAAGUCGGGAUCGAAAGUCUGAGGCAUCGCCUCAGCAAGAUUCUACUUGGUCAUGUCCGUCGCAAUCUUCCUGGUCUUAUUGCGGACAUACAAGAGAGGAUUUCUCAUAACGAGCAGACACUAGCAAAAAUGGGCACGCCGCGCACUACUCUUCAGGAGCAACGCCGUUUCCUUGUUGAUAUCAGCAGCAAAUUCGCGCGAAUUACAGACCAGGCUUUGAAUGGAUCGUACGUCGAUGAGUUUUUCGGUGGAUUCCAAGAUCAUACGGCGACCACAAAAGAGUCUCCUUUCCGCCGACUGCGGGCAGUAAUCCGUGAGCUUAACGAGUGCUUUGCUGAAGCGAUGAGCAUUCGCGGGAACCGGCGAAUCAUCCAAUUCCCUGGACAGUCAACACCUGUUGAGAAUGUCGAGCAAGAGAGAUCCAAGCCUUAUAUGAGUGAUUGGACACCGCAGUACAUUUCCCAGGAGUCUCUUGUGGAUGAGAUCAAGGAACAGGCCCGACAGAGUAGGGGAAUUGAGCUACCAGGUAGUGCGAACCAGCUACUUGUGGGGAGUUUGUUCCGAGACCAAUGCGAGCCCUGGGAAGCAGUUGCUAAAUCUCAUCUGUUGAAUACCUGGGAUUCGGUCGAAUACUUUAUCCAGUUGGUCCUGAAGAACCUCAUGGACGAUCAGACCCGCCCGUUGCUUAUGCGACACCUCAUCGGACCGGAAAUGGAGAAGAUGAAGGAGUCUUUGUUGGAAAAGCUCAGCGAAUUGACCUCGUACUAUAAAAGGGGCCAUCCGUUGCCUGUAGGGACAUCAUUUAUCUCCAAGAUCCAGGAGUCCAGAAAGAACCGCCAGAUUGCUGCGUUGAAAAAGAACCUCCAGCGGUCUGAAUUUGCCCCGACGGGAGUGGAUACUUUCAAUGUCCGAGAUCUAGAGCGAGCGACAUCUCAGCUACAGUCAUCCAGCGAUCAGUUUGCAGCAGCAGAGAUUAUUGACCAAAUGCAGGCCUACUACGAGACUGCGAUCGUGACAUUCGUCGACAAUGUUGCCAUCUUGGCUAUCGAAAAUUGCCUUCUUUGCCCUUUGGAGCAUAUCUUUACCGGCAAGACUGUACUUGAAAUGAAUGAUGAGCAGAUUCGACAAAUUGCAGGAGAGCCAUCGAACAUCCAGAAGGAUCGGGAACGUCUGAAUGAAGAGCUCGAAAAGCUCCGAAAGGGAAGGCAGACUCUCAAUGCCUUCGUUAUAGCGGACUCUUCGCUGCGUGCUCGUCCUAUCUUGGCAGGACCGCCAAAUCCCCGAGCUAGAACUCCAAGCCGUGCAGGCACGGCUCCGAUAGCUCAGGUGGCGCCCAAUACUCGUCUGUUCUCGCGAGUUUCACCUGCUGUCACUGUCCCUGCUGUGUCUUCUCUUCCUGUCGUGUCUCUUCCUGUCGCGUCUCCUCUCCCCAUCCUUCCUUCAAGUCAAGGAAUCUCUGAUACAGCUCAGGGUUCUUUAUUCCGAAAUCCAGGGAAUGGCGGAUCUUUAUUCCGAGACCCAGGGAAUGGCGAGUCUUUAUUCACAGGCUCAUUGAAUAGCGGAUCUUUAUUCACAGGCUCAUUGAAUGGCGGAUCUAGACCUAACAAUGGAGCCACCACCACGCUGGGUUCAUUCGGUUUGUCACCCGGUACAACAUCGGCCACCGGGAAUGUGUCUAGCCCAACGGUCAAUGGGACGUUUGGUUCGAAUAACCAAGGCUCUAAUUCUGGCUCGUCGUCCGCUCCUUUCGGAAGUUCGACCAGCCCAACUCCCUUGUGGAAACCUCUCUUUAACGCGACGACAGCUCCAAGCACCUUGGGAUACAAACCAGCGUAUCAGGAGAGAGAGCGCGACUCAAAUACAAUGAACUAUUACCAAACCCUUGGCGUUAUGCUUCCAUUUUCUAGCUACUCCUUUGAGGAGCUUCGACUCGGAGACUACGCGCGAAUGGACAAAUAUCUCUCGACUUUGCCAUUGGCUCGUUGA